GCUCUUUUAUAUAGGGAAGAAAUGGUUUCGUCUCGGCCCGCUUCAAUACUGCCAGUUACCCCGGGGGAUGGCGGGGCAUUGUGUCCCCGCCUCCCGGGAGGCAGUGAGAUAGCCCGAUGAUGUGACUUCUGAUCAUCAACAAAUACUUGAUUUCGUUACUAGGGUCUAUCCUCACUCAUUAGCUCAAGAUGGGAGCCUAUCGUUACGUGCAGGAAUUGUACCGUAAGAAGCAGAGCGAUGUCAUGCGCUAUCUGCUGCGUGUCCGCGUCUGGCAAUACCGCCAGCUGACCAAGUUCCACCGUGCUCCAAGGCCAUCCCGCCCGGACAAGGCUCGUCGCCUGGGCUACAAGGCCAAGCCGGGUUUCUCGAUCUUCCGCAUCCGUGUGCGCCGUGGUGGCCGCAAGCGCCCAGUCGCCAAGGGUUGCACCUACGGUAAGCCCAAGAGCCAUGGUGUCAACCAGCUGAAGCCGUACCGUUGUCUGCAAUCCGUCGCUGAGGAACGUGUUGGCCGUCGUGUGGGAGGUCUCCGUGUGUUGAACUCCUACUGGAUUGCCCAGGAUGCCGCCUACAAGUACUUCGAGGUCAUCAUGGUCGACAUCGCCCACAAUGCCAUCCGUCGUGAUGCUAAGAUCAACUGGAUCACCCGGGCCGUGCACAAGCACCGUGAACUGCGUGGUCUUACCUCGGCCGGCAAGAGCAGCCGUGGACUGGGCAAGGGCUACCGCUACGCUCAGACCAUCGGAGGAUCCCGGCGGGCGUGCUGGCGUCGUCGCAACCGUCUGCACAUGCGCCGUUACCGUUAAGCCGGUGCCGGUGGUGGCGAUUGUUAAGGCCGUUGCUGCUGCAGCGGCGGUGGCUUAACGGAUGCUGCUAUUGUUUUCUGCUGUAUUUUCAUCUGGAUAAUAACAUUGUGCAAAUGGAUACUGUUUGUAUAAGGGAAUAAAUCAAUGUAC